AUGGUAGAGUGUCCCCCGUGGGAGGAGGGUGUGCCCACUUAUCACCCGUAUCCUUACGACUGCCGGAAGUUCAUCGAGUGCACGAAUGGGGACCCGGUCGUGCAAUGCUGUCCACCGGGGACGGUGUGGAAUCAAGAUAUGCUUGUCUGCGAUCACGAAGGUGUUACGCCUUGCGUCAUCGUGACCACUCCUCCCCCCACUUCUAAGAUUUACAACUGCAAGUUUAGUGUCAAACUGCGAAUACAUGCUUGCAGGUUCGACACAUACCACGGAAGCACCCACAGCCGCAUCAACCACACCAACUACGACCACGCCAACUACAACCACACCAACUACAACCACUCCCACAACUACUACGCCAACCACGACUACGCCAACCACGACUACGCCAACCACGACUACGCCAACCACGACUACGCCAACUCCAACCACUCCUACAACUACUACACCAACUACAACCACUCCCACAACUACGACGCCAACUACAACCACUCCUACAACUACUACACCAACUACAACCACUCCUACAACUACUACACCAACUACAACCACUCCCACAACUACGACGCCAACUACAACCACUCCCACAACUACCACGCCAACUACAACCACUCCCACAACUACUACGCCAACUACAACCACUCCCACAACUACUACGCCAACUACAACCACUCCCACAACUACUACGCCAACUACAACCACUCCUACAACUACAAGACCAACUACAACUACACAAGGUACCACCACCAGUACGCCUCCUCCCAUCAUCCCAAUUCAGCCUGGAGUCUCUUACACAAUAAUUAA